CCUCCUGCGAGCAACAUAACGCGGCGGCUGCUCGUGUUUCGGCUUGUUUUCGUGCAUCAAUUUUCUCACAAUUCUCUUAAUGUGAACGCGUAAUACGCUGUUACCCCGCCGCGUCGGGCGUCAAAUGAAAGACCAUGGCAGCGGAGGACGUGGAAGAAGGAUCUCCACCGACGCUGGAGGCGGACUGCGUUUAUGUGCAGAUGAAGAAACAGUACCGGGUGUCGAGGUACAUCAGGGCGCAGUGGUUUGUCAACCAGAUCGGCAAAGUCAUCCAACUGAAGCAUCCCUGCGAGAGUGACAUCGCAGAGGAGGUCGAGGUUCUCUCAGCUCUUCCGAGGGACAAGCCAACUGGAUGGCGACCGAACAGGGCACAUGAGUUUGCCUAUUUGGUGACGCCGGCAACAAAGGUCACUUUCCUUGCCAAAAAGUACCGCUUCGUCUUUUGCCUUGACCUCAGUGUCUCCAUCGCAAAUGUGGACAUUCGGAGUGAAACAUUCCUGUUUGACGAGGUGUUUGCAACGCUUUCGAAAUGUGUCGAGAAACUUGUAAAGCCUUUCAAUGUUCCAGGGAGCUGUGUGGUGUUCCAGCCCGAGAUCUACGUCACUGUCAUUGCGUACAUCCCUCACUAUACCCCAUCGGUGCAGCAGGUCCUGAUUCAAGGAUGGCCAUUGACGCCAGACAACUGUGCCUUGUUCCUGAGCAAGGUGUCGACAGGACUGAGCGAGAUCUGCAUUGUCCUGGCUGAAGCAACAGCGGGUGUUGCUGAACUCCAUGAUCAACUCCGGCUCCAGUCUGAGAAGUUGACAGGAGGCCUGUUCGAGGAAAGUGAUGAGCAGGCGUGCACGACACCCCUCGUCAACAUGGUGUCCUCGGACAUGAGCACGCUGAGCAUGCUCCGGUACGGCAUGCUGGCUCUGCAGCUGCUGCCUGAAAACAGCAGUGCAGGCAUUGUGGUGAUCACAGAUGGUGUGAUCAGCGUGCCCAACAGCCAGCAGCUGGAGCUCCUCCUCGGCAGCCUGCGGGGCGGCACGGUGGCCUGCUCCUUCUUGCAUCUCGGCGGUGGCUACCACGCCCAGAGCAGUCUCGGAUAUGUACCAUACGACGAUCUGAUGCGCUUCAUUGCACGCGCGACUUUCGGUGCCUACCUCAACAGUGGUUGCCUGGUUGGACCGGACGAAAUCGAAGGGUCAACAGGCACAGAGAACAUAUUCCACAGGGCACUGCUCUUCUGGAGUUUUCAGGAGGAAUUCAUCAAUCAGCGACUAGAGCUUGCCAAAGACGCCGGAAUGCAGUACAAGCUGCUGGCUUGCAAGGGCAACACGGCAUUUGAGCCGAACCAAGGUUGUAUGCCGCAGCUGCGCAAGAAGAACUCAGAUGGCAGCCUCAACACGUCGUUGUCAAGUGUCCUCUCCUGCAAGCUUCGUGAAGGCUACGCCCUGCGGAGCAUUUCUACGGCCAAAGGAGAACUGGAAAUCAAGCUGGUGCUUCCGUGGAAGUUCGAUGUGAACAUCGAGUAUGUUGUCAUGGUACCAUGGCAGUCCUCAAGCAAGAAUCGAGAUUCGUCGGGGAGUGGCUCACAGCCUAAGCAGCGGGCGGGCUGCAAGUUCGAGGUGUGCGUGGAGGCCAGCUAUGACUUCCUGCACGACGUCACAUGCGAAUACUUCAAGCCCAACAAGACCCGCAGCCCCUUCCGCCUCAUGGUGGCCCAGCAGUACUGGAACGCGCUUAAAAACAUCUCGAGUACAGACCAGCUCCUGGUACACCUGCACUCUUUCAACCAGAACCCCGUGUACUACUCGGUGCCUGAAAGUUUCCGCAAUGGUGUCCCUGUGUUUGUGAUGCCUCCUAACUCUUCAGGCCAUCCGGUCCUCUCCUCCAAUGUGAAGAACAACAGCGCGUACGCACCUUUUGUGGCCUUCUGGAAGCCAGUGUGCAUGUUGGACAUCAGCAUCUGGCAGCGCUGGAUGCAUAUGCACCGGGUGGGCAUGCUCCUGGAGCACGACCUGCCGCUGCCCAAGCACCUGCAGCAGCCAAACAGCAGUGGCCGCUACGACUCUGUCCAGUGCCGCCAGGCCCUGCACCGCCUGUUGGCCCUGCUCCGAGACCGUUCCAGCUUCGUGCUGGCCGACGGCCAUUCUUAUGUCACCUUCCUCGGGGAAGGUGAAAAGCCGCCAGUGUCGUUCUAUGUGACUCGGGUGACCUACAAGGCGCCCUGUGUGGUGAUCCGAUUUGCCUUCCUGGGUGGCACACCUGGAGAGCAGCGCAAUGUUAUUGUGAAGGACCUGACUCAGCAGAUCCUGAGCCUGGAGUUGAGCAAGCGUGUUGCCAAGGAUGCACACUCGGAUGGCGGCCUCUGCAUCCGGCCUCCUGUGCCACGAACCUACCGAAAGGCCAGCUGCUGCAUCCUCUUCCGCAAGCCCCUUGAAAGGAUCCUAAUCAGGCACGAGAAGAUUCCGAAGGACAUUCUUAGCCCCGUUGUGGCGCUUAUGGACGUGACACUGGCGCACCCGCUUCUGCACACCACUCCGCAUCUGCACCGGCAUUCUAGCAGCGGGGGCAGCGGCUCAGCGGCACGCAAGGGAAACGGCAUCACCACUGUGGUGGACCCGACGGGCCAGCUGAGCCGGUAUCUUCACCACCGGCGGUGGAUCUGGACUGUGCAGCGGCUCCCCAGUGUGCCCCUUCCCCUGCACGCCAUCACCCGUAUCCUCAAAACGCUGGCCAAGAUGCGCCUUGAAGAAGGUUUUCAUUUUGCCCACUCAAGCUCAGGCAUUUUGAACAUGGCCCUAGAGAUUGAAAUGAAGAAUACAGUGACAACCGACUCCUCAGAAGCCUCUUUGCUUCCAUGCGUGGUGCAGUACAUGCUGUUUCCUCCUCACUCGAACACUACUAUCCGGGAGAGCCUCUCGGAUGACGAGGACAAUGAGAUGGAGACAGCCGAGGCAGAUGGUGAGCUGCAGCUGGUCAGCGAGUGCUGGGUGGAACCACAGUGUGGAGUCGUGGUGAACUGCCCUUUCUCCAGCUCCUACCUGGACGGCAAGCAGUACACCGAGAUCCCGAAAGCUCUCUUUGAAAUGGACUUCGAGUGCCUCUCAUCGCUCAUCACAUUAGAGCACCUGAGCCUGAGCUGCCUCAAGCCAGAGAUGGCAUGCUUGGUGAGCGCACACUCACAAUGCCCACCGCCACCGACACCACCGGUCACGCCUGCCCUUGCCGGAGUCCAGCCGUCAUUUGUGUCCCGGUCCACACCUGACACCACACUGGCGCAGAACAUGCCCCUGCUCCAAUCGGUGGCACCAGAGCCAGCAGUGAGUGUCGUGCCAUUUCCAUUUAGCAUCAUGAAGUUGCUGUCCAAAUGCCAGCAGACUGAGAUCCUCUUCUCCACCUUCAUCCAAGAGCUGAGGCCAGUUGGCGGGGACGGUGUGAACAACCACCCUGUGGACUGUGAGGGCCGUCCACGUCCUCAGCCCAAUGACCUUCUCUACGAGCAGCUGCUGGAGAACCUGCAUGCAAUACAUGACCGCGAAGUGCCACUUGGGCUUGAGGAACAGGCGCUGCUGCCCAAUGAGAUUCACAACCGUCCACGCGACCAGCAUGCCUACCCCGUGCCAUUUGCUGUGCCUCCUGUGCAGGGAACUCCUGUCUCCUGGCGCUGCUUCGUGGCCAGCUUUUCGAGUGCCAACAGCACUUCUGGAAGCAGCCCUACCACUCCCAUUUCGCAUGUGGUCCUCACCUUUAUUCCUGCGACGUUUGAAAACCUCCAGCGCCUUAUGAUGUGCCCAGACGAUGAAAUCGCUUCACUGGAGGCAGAGGUUCAUCACAGUCAUGGCAGUCACGGUACCAGUGGUGUACCUAAGGACUAUGCUGUGUUGAAGACUGAGUCAUCGUCCGAGCCAGUCGCUAUCAGCUGUAGUGACCGUGAGGCUCUCACAUCGUCUGCCGCAGAGGAUCCUGCUGCUGGCGAAGUGUGCGAUUUGUACAAUGCAGCAGAAUCUCAGACUUUUCGGCAGCUGGCGACUUCGCACUCUGACCCAGCACUGUCUUCGCACGGAGCCGAGAAGCAUGAGUUGCUGCCACGGCAACGAUCGGCUGACUUGCCAGACUUUGGCAGCCAAAGUCAGUGCAGGACUUCGACACCGUGCCCGCCUGUUGCGAGGGACGACGAUGGCAGCACAUCUCCCAAAUCGCAGGAAGCCAAAGGGGCCGCUCGGCGCCUGGUGUCUGUGAGUCUUCCAGUGUAUGUCUACGAUGCGCCAGUAUCUGCUGUGAUUGGCCGACUGGUUUACCAAGGCGGUGUGAGACAGUGGAAGGACACGUACCUUGACCUGACAACCCGGUCAGAAGAGAAUAUGCGGGCUGGAUCAGAACCUGGUUGGGUGGAAUACAAGGCAGAUGGCUCAGAAGGCUCACCUUACAAAACCAUUUCACCGGAGCCCAAGUCGGAUGACUCUGAGCUUGGCAGUGACCGCUUUCCAGCAAGAAAGCACUGUUCGCGCCUGCGCAAGGCUUUCUCCAAAAGCUUUGUGUAUGGUGUGUUUAGAGCCCUUUGUGAGGGACUCCCCGUGGACAUGCAAGAUGUCUCGACCGUCGUGGAGGAUGCCUGCGAGGAAACCGCGCUCACCCUCGACAUCACGGAAUUCAUCCAAGCAAUCUGUGGCCACACUCGCGACUUCCGCAUCAAGUCCACUGUGGAGCACUCCCACCGCACGAGCACUGGAGCUCUUCGGCAGGAUGGCACUAGCAGCAAUGAGGCCAGCUGUGAAGGUGCUUUGGGUCCGCCCGUUGAAGAAGCAGAUGCCACCGCCAGUGCAGAUGAAAGUUGUCACCCUUCGAGUGAUGCAGUGAGCAGCCUCUUCCCAGUGAACCUGCUCAAACGCCACCACCCGUGCGAUGUAGUGCAGCAGCUCCACCUGAGCAUUAAGCAGCGCUUCCAUGAGCUGCUUGAGGAGGUGUUCCAGCGCAUUCCUUCGCACCCAGACUACUACUACUUCUGCCCGCCAUGCCAUGCACGAACCAUGUGGGGACUGUCCGAAGGGGCUGGCGGUGGUGUUUCCCACAAUGCCGACGUGAACGCUGAGGAAGAGGGUGCGCUGUGUGACUGGGAUGACACUGACACGGACCGGUCUCACAACGUCGAGUUCUCCAUGGACGCUGAGCCUGCCCCCGACACUGGCCAAUCAUGCGAUGAGAAGGGAGCAGCUGCAGCACAUUCCAAGAUGGGGAACGCUGCUGCAACUGAGGUCACGAGCAUCGAGUCCUGCGCCGGGUCGGCACGAUCACCCCCUUCGCCGGGCGAGAAUGACUCUUGUGAUGAGGAUGAAGAAGAUGAGGAGGAAGUGAUGGAAACCAUUCGAGAGGCCGAGCCCAUAGUUCCACCCCUGUUCGCCCACCUGACAUGCUUGGUGACAACCAAAUCAGGCUGUGGGUCGUGUUCGCUGACCUCACUGCCGACCUGCCUUGGGGAGGUCAUCAGCUGUCUUGACGAGUCCCAGCCCGAGGUGGACCUCGAAAGCAUCAAAAUCCGACUGGAUUUUCUCUGCCUGACAUUGCCCCUGGACGUUGAGAAGCUGUCACCUGGUGAUGCACGCCUCUCAUCAUCGUCCAUCAUGUUUGAUUCAGAACGACAGCGCCAAGAUGAGGAUGCUGAGAGCGUCGCCUCCAUUGGCUAUCAGCUGGAGCUUCCGAGGGACCCACUUCACCACUUGCCUGAAUUCCAAAACGAAGUCAUCAGCAGGUGCAUUGAAAAGCUGAAGUGGAUGUUGAAGGACGAGAUGGCCUCGGCUGCCCUCAAUAGCUUCCCGCUGACAGCGGAGGCGUUGCGCAUGGUUGCAGAUCACGUUCGCAGCACUGCAGAGGCACGCACCACCACACGUUUGCACGCAACUACUGGCGCCCCCGGGUGCCAAGUGCAAAAGGUGCCACUGCAAUUCGUCUUUGGGCCUGAGCAGAGUUUUGGCAAGUUUCUGCAGGAGUUCAAGCACCUCACACUACCCGGCUACCAGCUGGAGCAGGUAGACAAGGACCACUACUGUGUUGUCCUGGAUGACAAGGAUUCCAAGGUGGUGCGGAGGCCCUUUGGGUCGCUCGUGCCUCCCCUUGGGCUGAGAAGCAAGGCAUUGGAAAUGACAGCGGCACUGCCUCACGAAAAAGCAGGCACUGACGUCACCGAAUUGAGAGUCUCGCGCCAGAAGGCUGUCGGCCCCGACGCCAAAUUAUCAGAUGAAGACGAGUCCGGUGACGGAGGAGCACCGCAUACAUCGUUCCGAGCCUGGCGGCGGCAAACUGGAAAGAGUGCGCGGACGAAGAGCACCGAGCGUCGCCUGGAACGAGCGUCAUCAUUACCGCUGGACUCCUUAGUGACACAGGAGGAGCCAAAGCCAGAAGUUCGGAUUCCAGGGGCGUCGUGUCCGCUGGAGUUACUCGACCUGCGACGGAAGCUUCAAGAGGAAGCUGAGACUCUUGAAGCAGACAGCGGCACGGCCGAUCACGCUGCCAAUUUGUCAUCGGAGACCAUUGUCCAGGAGCAAAAGGCGGCAGACAGCCAGGCAGCAGCUGAAGCUUCUGCAGAGCUCGUGGAGGAGAGUGGCUCCUCGGAACAGCAAGACGGAGGGUUCCGGGAUCGCACUGACAGCCUGGCCUCGUCCCUGGGCCACGGCAUGGCAUUCCGACCACCACAACAUCUGCUGGAGUCAACGCGCUCCACGCCCAAUGCAUUUAGCGAGGUUGGCGGGCAGAUCAGCAACACCGAGGAUGGCUAUGAUGGUGACAGCAGUGAAUCGGACAGUGACCGUGACUGGAUGAACGCACUGGAGACCCAACGUUCCCACUUGCCUCCCUUCUGGCUGAUCCUCUGCCCAUUUCUCGACCACGUGGACAUCUUUUUCCAUGUUCGAGAGCAGCCAGGUGAGAGUACAGAACUCAGGCAGGGCUUAGUUGUUUUUGAAAGCAUUGUGGGACUGAUCCAGGACACCUGCAAGAUUGUUAAUCAGAUCCUGCUGCUUCAACAUCUCAACAACACACACAUGUGCAAUCGGCUGCUUGUGCCGGAAGCAUCUGAGGAUAUCUGGAACCGAGAGUCUGAGAUUGAGCCCAACAAUAGCACGGCAUCAGUGUACGACAAUGACGGUUCUGGAGAGGGCCACGGCGAUUACCUGGAGGCAACGCUGAAGUUCAAGCCAGGGGCCUUUGACUGCAGUAUAGUGUGGUCCACCCACUUCAGUCUCCACCCCCGGCUCAACACGGGAGCUGGGGGCGGACGCAGUGGCAUUUCUCGAGGUUUGCAAUCCCUGAGAGCUGUGCUGACUAGCUUUGCGGUGAACAACCGCAAGAACAUGUUUGUCUAUCAGGAGAACUCUGGCUCCGUCUUCUACCUGCGGCUUCACGAAAUGCCCUGUCAUGGACGGCAUGGCCGUGCUGAAGAUGAUGUGUCAUUUUCAGGUUCAAGGAGCUCCUCACUGGUCAGCUUGGUACAGAAGAAAGCAGCCUGCGACCAGGACGAGGAAUUUGACUUCCGACCCCGGCUGAGUUCUGGUCACUCUGACCGGGACCAGUCUCACGAUACAGUCAGUGUGACGUCGCAUGCCUCGGGCAGCCGCAGCAAACCACAGCAGUGUGUCGUCAUGAAUGUGCACGGAAUUGUCCAACCAGGUUUUGCCAUCAAAGAGGACCUAGUUUCAGUCAUGCAGAAUCGUCUGGAUGAUGCAGUCUUGGAAGUUCUCACAACCACCUUGGCACGAAACCCUGCGUGCAAUCUCACCAUUGACGAUGUCCAGUUCAUCCAGAAGCCCCAGAAGGAGCCGACGACACAGCUGUACUGCACAGUCCAGGCCCAGCUGCUGCCCUACCUACAGGCACUGAUGGAAUACUUGCGCCAGGACCUGCACACUUUCUUGCCAACACCCAAAUACACUGACCCAAAGCCAGAGAACCAUUUCAAGCCAUACGUGGAGCACCCUGCACAUGCCUUGUUCCACAAGGACGAAGAUGUCUUCCUCUUCAACCGAUUCAUGGCCAGGGGCACUCCCAGCAACGGAAUUGCCUGCAUCAUACUGUCUGUGGUGGACGCACAGGGACGGCCAGUGCAAUUCCUGAACAGCCCACUGCUCAACGCGGGUGCCUUCAGUGGCACCGAACCGCCCACUGAAUACCAGGAGGUCUCGUUUCUCUCUCAUGAGGAAGUCAGUGAUGUCGGUGCCGAUGGAACACCUGGACCCAUGGCGAUGAUCCGCUUCCAAGUGUGGUGUGUGGGCAAGGACUACCAGGAGCACCUGGUGCAGCGCCUGCAGAGCACGGUGCAGCAUGCCUACUGGGAUGUCCUGAUGGAGUACCGGCUCCUCACCUGUCCCGUCUUCCAUGAGGCCUACGAGGAGGGGGAGCCCGCCUGCUUCAGCGAGCCUCCGACGCCUGUGAAAGUGCGCAGAACGGGUCGGGUCCUUGCUGAACAAGCACGCGACAAGCCUUUCCUGUUUGGCAUGUUCACAUCCCGGGGCAAGGAGUUGUCUUCUUCCGUGCCUGACGUCUCUGAAAAAGUCAAAUCGCCCAAGGAAAACCCUACUGAGUUCAAUUUCUCCGAUUCACUGUUUGCGGAUGUUGCACCAUCUUUGACUUCUGGUGGCACCAAGGGCCCCGUGCGUUCCAUGGAGGCAGAGUUUCUUACAUCCGACAACUGGGCCUCGAGCAGCAGCAAGAAGCUCAACGCCAUGUUUCAACAUGGUGUCCAUGGGUUUCUUGAAGGCGGGGUUCAAAUCCGUGUUCCCAGCUUGGCUGUGCACCGCUGCACCGUCAAGGCUCGACGGGCUGUCCCGCUGAUCCUGAAGGAAUUCCAGAAUGGCCUCAAGAACCUGGCACCUGAAAUAUCACUCACCAUGUUCACCGAAGAAGGCACGAGGCGCCCAAGUCGGCCCACAGAAUUCAUCCACUUCAACCCGCUCGUUAAGCAUGCUAUGUUUCCCGAGAAGUACGCUGAAACAGCUGUUCCUGGCAGCCAGCGAUGUUUCAUUGUUGUUGGUCGAGACAUGGCCCAGUGGAAGGCUUUCAUGGGGAUCUCGAGCUUGUCCACCUACCUUGAGAGCAGCCGCACAACCAAAGGCCACAAGUCCACUCAGCUUUUCGAGCCGCUUAUGCUGCCAGUGACAGCUUCUCUGGACGCACCCGCCCUCUGCCGAACACCAAGCACGCCAUCAUCGGUGCCACCGACCAUCGUCGCGCCGCCAGAGAAGGCCAAAAGCGCCACUGCUGGGGCCGAUGCCGGGGAAGCUCGGCAGCCAGCCUUGAUACCCAGGCAGCGACUGCUCUUCUUGCGAGUGGAGGACAAGUCUUUGACCCUUUACCUGUACAACUGGACGUCCGAUCAGGGCCAGGAGCUCUUCAAACUGCUGGGCCACCUCGUCGAGUGGCAAGACCUGCGCAACUACUUCUUGCGGAGUAUCGUUGUCCAGAAAAUGGGGCUGUUCUUCCACCAACCUGUGACAAGCGCCCCUUCUCCCUGCCUCCGACAGCAGCAACAGCAGCAGCAACAGCAGCAGCAACAGCAGCAGCAGCAGGCAGUGACUGGUCAUCAGCUGCACAGCAUGGCCGUGGCAACACAGACAUCAGCAUCGACAUCCGGCAUACCGAGCCACCUGUGGGCUUUCGUGGACCACAUGGUCUUACGCCACAACCCUACGAGUCGGCACCAGGAUACCACGGCUGCGGCUACAAAGCUCGCAGUGCACAAUCUCGUUGGGCAGGUUCUGCGGGGUGUGAAGCCGAGGACGCCCAUGCAGGCAGCCUCGUAUGCGAGCUGCGAUGACCCCGUGACCCGCCAUGGGCGCCAGGUGCAGGAGAUGCGAGGAAUGCGGAGAAGGGAACUUGUGGAAUUCCACCGCAUCUAUGACGACAAAGGCACCAGCGCCAAUCUUCUCGUCAUGGAGAAGAUGCUGACCCAGGUGAAGAAGGAAGCUCGCCUGGUGCACUACUGCCUGACGCCGCUGCUGUUCAGCCCAACGUGGCGGCUUAAAGUGGCCCAGGUGCGCGACCACACCCUCGAGGCUGCCAUCACAUCCGGCCUGCCAUCUGACUGCCCCGCUGCUGCACAUGACCAACCACCUGCAGGCCAGCGCACACGACACAGCUCCGGCGGGAGCCAGAAGAGCAUUGGUGGAGAUGCAUCCAAUGCCGCAGCCUCGCGACGGAUGCGCCGCUCGAGUGGGGUGCCCUCUGUCACCUCGGGCGGAAGUGGAGGAGGUGGCGGUGGGCAGCAGUCAUCACCUAAACAGCACCGGCGGUCCACCAAUGAGGAGACGUGGCACAUGACGGUGUGCAGCCACUACAUCCAGGAGUACAUCCAGUACCUGCAGAACCUGGGAUUCAUGGCCAUCCAGACCAAGCACACCGCGUCACGCAAAUCCAGCACAAUGUCGGUGAGGAGGCGCGAGUCGGACGCCAGCAGCAAGCGCCAGAGCGUGGGGGCCCUGUCUCUCGGAGAGUUGCCACGCCACUGCCUCUUCCAGUGGCACCUGGGCGGCCUGUACUUCUUUGAGGUCGGCUUCUGCGACCCCUACGUCGCCUGCAACCUCUUCCUCGUUGAGCGGCAACGCCUCCUGCCGUCUGGCACGCAGCUUUACAUGUCACAGGUGACAUCCGAGUUCACUGAGGACCUGGACAAGAUCAGAGUGAACAUGCAUAUGCACUCGUUCACCUAUGACUACCACCUGCGCACAAUCCACUCAUACAUUUCGGGCCAGCAGCUGCUCUUCAAGCACGGAUACCACCUGACCAGCUUCUUGGAUGACUUUGUCAAGUACUACCAAAAGUCUCCUAACUACGCCCGCAACCUCAUCUAUGCAGGCUCGGUGGUGAUUCCAAGCGUGAAUGUAGCACCCAACCAACUGUACAACUACAUCAUUGGCCACAACAAGCUGUAUGGCAUGAAGGUCAUACGCAUGGUUCCUGUGGUUUGUGACAGCAGCAGUGAUCUGGACACCGAGUACGCCUUGGUCGAGAUCUCCAACAAGAAGGUGAGCUACCGUGAUGCUAACGAUGUGCAGCAGACGGACAGCUUCUUCGUCGGCAUCCUCACCAUCCACGACACGGCGCCGGCAUUCAUCGAACACAACCUGCUCGCCCUUGGCUUCUACAUCCUGCUGACCAGCCAGCGGGAGCUCUUCCCCAAGUUUUCCUCAACCACGGGACCUCCCGGCAGCAGUGCCUCUGGAAAUGCUGACGGCACCGGCAACGGUUCCGAGGGCUGCUUCCGGCCCGUCCGGACAUUAGGAGGCACGCCUGGCGUGUCGCAGCCCGCCAGCACCGUGCCGUCAAGGCGGAGCUCGGUUGUGGUUGCCUCCGCCCCAGUAGAGCGCCCGCGCACGUUGACCACGCUGCCUUCGCAGUUGGUCCUUUCGCCGGAAGACAUGGCAGGUGGUAGCGGUAACGGAGCAGCGGUGCCCGCUGGCAUCCCUUCCGUGGCGUCAUCAAGUUCUCUGGGAAGCAGCAAUGCUGGUGGAUCGAGGUCAAGAAAGACAUCCUUCCGAGGAAUUUGUGAGGAGGAAGUGGCCUACCUUGGCUACUACAGCUCCCACGAGACGCUCAUGCAGAAGGUAAUGUCUGAGCAGGCAACGGCUGUGGCUGACCACCUGCGUGAAGUGGUUGCGCAGGCUUCGCUUCACUGCCGACGUGACUACCUCUGGAAGUGCCUUAUGUGGCGUCACAAGAACUCUGAUGAUGCUAGUAGCACAGUUCGAGAGAACAGUGCACGACCAUCCAUCAGCUUUACUGAGCUGACUGAACUGCUGGGCUAUGUGAAGACAGUGCCGCUAGACCAGUUGGACCCGCAGCUGGGGCCUCUGCUGUCUUCUCAUUUUGGCUGGUACCGGGGCCUGCUGCGUGUGCUGAUGCAGCGAUACAUAGACUGCCACUGCCUCUUUGUCAGCCCCGACAACACCGUGCAGCACCUGGUGGUCAUGUCCCCAAGCUGUGCAGACUCGUUUAUUCUGCUGACGAUCAACACCCAGCUAAGCCGUGCUGAUCUGCGGCUCGUGCACCGGGAGAACGCCCAGCAAGAGAAGUCAUCUGUCGACAAAUCCUCCUCUGGCCUGGCCACUCUGCAUGUCCUGGUCGAGGAACUUGUCACCACGUGCUGCUUCCACGAAUGGGCAGGCUUGCUCACUUGACAGGACGCCAUGGAGGAGUCGGUCCUCCAGAACGCUUUGUCUCUUCCGACCCAUCUUAUGUGAUAUAUUCCGUGAGCGAUGAUUCGGCACGUGUGUGCGUCCCAACAGUGCCGUGCACCUUGACAUCCGGGUGCGAAUUGACCUUUCUUCAGGUUGUGGGUUGCACACUUGUUCUGCGAUAACAUCAACAGAUAGCUCCAUGAUGAUGACAGGCAGGCAUUACGAUGCCAGAAAGUGUUGCCAUGGAUAUUGCCAGGCACGACACCCUUGUCAGUCAGUCAGGCAAAAUAAUGUUGUGCCAAGCGGCAUCUUCAAGCUCAACUUAUCUUCAAGUGCUUUGGUUUGCAUUAACUGACUGAGUAGCUGUCAGAUGCAACGAGUCGAUUUUUAAACAUUUUUUUCGCAGCAAGGAAACAUGUUUUUUUUUUUUAAUUUGUAACUGAACAAAUCAUGGAGCUCAAACCAAACAAUGAAGCUAGCCCCUUUGUGCAUCAUAUUUGACAUGCAAGAAGUGGUCUGCCUCAUCUUGCCACCGCCAUGUUAAAUGCUGUGCAAUUCCAGCAGUUAAUAGCUCAUGUGCUGUUACCUGCAUGGUGAUUUAUAACUGGACAUACAGCAGCUGGAACUGUAUGCCGAACGAUCAUUUGAGCACUGGGUAUUAGCAACAAGAAACUUCAGUGAUGUGGUGUCAGUACUUGUAACGUCGCUGUUUCAAUGUGGUCACAUUGUGAAUCUGAGUGUUUUCCAUGAGAACGAUUUGUACGUAUUGUUCCAGCCAGUGGAACAUUCAUAAGAGCUCACUUCUUAUGGUGCUCUCUAGUUGAAGUGUGGUAGGUUGUGUAAGUUUAAUUGGAGCAACCACCUGCGAUGGCGAGAUGACAGUCGUUGCUUUUAAAUAGCAACCACAAGGAAUGCACUUCCAGCACAUUUUUGACGUGAAAUCACCUGAGCAACGGUGCAUUUAUUUUGCGCUCUGGGAUGAGUGUGCUUGUUACCAAGAAUGUGUACUGCUAGCAAGCUGAAUCUUACCUUGCAUGAUGUUUGAGCUGUUAAGUUUGUACUGCAGUGAUCAAUUCCAGGCUGCAAAAAAAUUGGGCCUCUUUUUUUUUUUUUUCUCCUGCAAGCCUUCAUCCAUGUACUUUUGCUGGUGGGUGUGCCACAAUAUUUGCGUGUCGGUUGGCGAAUGCAUGGAACACCUUACAGUGCAUUCAUUAAUCAGUACAAUAUGGAUGCUGUGAUGCUGAGCAGUGCGUUAAAAUACGUCGAAAGCCAGUUUCUUGUCUCCCUGCGAUCUGUCCAGUGCCGCUUUAGUGCCAUAACUUCGUGACAGCAGCUUUCUUGUCAUAUUUUCUGAGGUACUGCUAUGAAAAAAUUGAUGCAGUUUAUUUUAUUUUUUCGUGUGUGAUUGAGCAGUUUUGAUCUUGUCAAUCAUGUUGCAUCUUUUGUGCAUCCGUAAUAGCAGAUUCAUCUUUUAAAUUUCGAUGAAACAGGCCAUCAGCUGUUGGAAGCUCAGUAUUUCUUUUCUACUCAGUCCACUUACCAAAGCUUUUUUUCUAGGAAUUUUUAAUGUGAUACGAAGUGCCAUGUUUGGAGAGAUGGGUAGAGAAAAAGGAGGUUGUGUUGCAUGGAUUGUUUUCUAGCAAGUUUUGUAGAAUCUUGCAGCUUUUGAGUGCAACAUAGAUGGUUUUGUAUUCGUGGAGACAGUCAGACUGCUGUACCACACUCACUCAAGAAAUGGUCAGUACCGCAUCUUCGUUUCUUUAACUUGCCAUAAUGCCUUGCUUUCUUUUCAACUAACGCUUGAAAUUAAAAUUUCUGUAUAUCUGUAGCUGCAUGAGCGCAUGUCAUUGAUGGGAAUAAGUGUCAUGACGUUCUGCUAUAAGUUCACUGCUUAGUAAGCCUUGCUGAUGAAAUUAUUUCACCUCAUGUUUAGACCUUACAUAAAUAAUGUUGCCAAGAUUGCUUGCCACAGGAGGUAAUAUCUUUUACUAUGCUCAAAGAGGUGCUGUUUUUUUAGCAAUUGAGAAGUUGCUUUUAUAAUUGCACUUUCAAGGCUAGCACCGUAGCAUAAGCGGCACCUGCGUCUGUCCUUGUUAUGUGCGAGUCCCCUGUGCAAAGAAAUUUCAAAAGCGUCAAAUGGAAUAGGUAAUUAAAAGUAUGUUUGCCUAAUUGAGAAUAUUUUGAAAUUGAGAGUGUUCAGCCUCACCUUCUGGUGUAGACCUUUACAGUUGACUGCAAGAAAAUGAUGUACUUUUCCAAUAUAAAUAAAUAAAUUUAUAAGAAAGAAACUUCAAUCAGUACGAGCCUGAGGUCUGCAGCAGCACUGCUAGGGUUUGAGAGUAGAGAGCUGGCCGCAGAAGGACCCCUUCACAUUUUAAAACAAACCUCCGUACUUAUCGCUAAUGUAUCUGAACUGCUAUGUAUUCUUCCAUGCUCAAGCUUGGUGACACGGGACAAUUCUUAUGUCACGUAAAUGUACCUAUUCCUUUUUUGCAUGUCUGCAGUGUUUGGGAAACUGAGAUAACUGCAACAGUGACAUUCCCGUCUCAUACUCUAGCUUUGCACAGCACGCUUCAUCUUUCCCAGUUACUUUGGCUUUUGACAUGCAGUUUUGUACAAAUUUUACAGUUCUGUGGCUUCAUUCUCCGUUCACUCAUACCUUUUUCUGACUCACUGCUUUGGUUAGUGAAGGUGUAAUACGAAUUCCACUUGCUUAGAGCUAUUGCCCUUUGCCGUCUUUGAGGUAUAUCUGGGGCUUUUGCAGCUUGUACAUACUACCACUACAAGGUAAACUGAGGCGGACGCUUAAAUUGUGUAAGUAUGGGAGUGUGGUACUUUUUCAAGUGUAUUUUGUACUCCCAUAGGCAAGAUUGUCUACUGUGAUAUUUGGGAAGACAACAUAGACGAGCUGCAAAACCUGACAUCAUUAUAAUGCAUUAGUGUGGAACGGUAAGUUUCGGUGUAACAGACGUUUUGGCCGUCUCCAUUGAGUGGUGUGAGCGAUUGAGUUUGUUGACGUAAUCAAGUUAGUGCUAUCAUGACAAACUAUACUGGCAUGACUCGUGCUUGAGAUUACCUGUAGCUUGUCUAUACAAUACAUUUGGGUGUAAAUAUGACAUGUAGUUAGUGAUACUUGCCAUAUGAAGGUCUGAUGUAAAUAAUAGCCCUUUAGAGAGUUUUUUUAUAUAAACGUGAAGCUCCGUGCUCUCGAAUAGCCUUUGAAGAAAGGUGACUAAGGGUGAUUAAGAACUUGCAUUGCCCAUUUAUCUGUAUUUAAGUUUGCAACACAGCUGUGGUAAUAUUGGUUUAACUUCAAGUUCUCUAGUUUUAGUAUUUAAUUUCUUUUAUUGAUGAGCUUUCUUAACUAAAGGCCAAGCGCAAGUUCUUUUCUUUCUUGAAUUUUUUUCAUGUUUGUAUUUCACAACUUAUAUCGGCCUGCAAAGUGCUGUGACACUUUCGACAGCAUAAAUUUUGGUUGGUGCAAUGAAUAAGUAGAAAUUAAGAAAUAAAAAAAAACAUUGUUAAUGUGCCUGUGAGGUGCAGUGUUUCGUAUGAAAACACUUUUCUAUCAUGGAGUGUGCGACUUGUCUGUUAAAAAGUGUUUUGCAGAUUGUGUACAUGAACAGUCAAGAUUCAAUAAAGUCAUCAUUUUGCUGGAGUAGCACGUCCCCAUUCAUACUGGCUUCAUUCUUUUACUGCUUGCAUUUUGGUAUUUUGGCUUGAAUAAAGGCCUCUUUACUGCCUGGA